UCGGCCCGUGACGCUGCGUCUCUUUGUUGGCCCAGCAGCAGCGUCGCUCCUCUGUUGUUGUUUUCUCUGCUGCUAGAAAAACUGGAAUGCUAGCAAGCUAAAGAAGUAUUCUCGUUUUGUUCUGCCCUAUCUGCCAAAUAAUACCCAUCAAACUUAUCCCACUUGGCGUGUCGCUACAUUAAACGCAACCCAGUCAUGGACUCGGACGAGGGUUACAAUUACGAAUUCGACGACGAGGAAGAGGAAUGCAGCGAAGACAGCGGCGAAGAGGAGACCGCGGACGACACCCUGGAGCUCGGCGAGGUGGAGUUGGUUGAUCCCGUAGUGGCCGGCGGAGAGCGAGACGACUGCGGGGAGACGGGAGGCAGCGGCCUCGGGCCCGGGCAGGAUGAGGAAGACUACCGCUUUGAAGUUCUAACCGCCGAACAGAUCCUGCAGCAUAUGGUGGAGUGUAUCAGGGAGGUCAAUGAGGUCAUCCAGAAUCCUGCUACUAUCACUAGAAUAUUACUUAGUCAUUUCAACUGGGACAAAGAAAAGCUGAUGGAAAGGUACUUUGAUGGUAACCUGGACAAGCUAUUUUCAGAGUGUCAUGUUAUAAACCCCAGCAAGAAGUCUCGGACACGCCUCAUGAACACAAGAUCGUCGGCGCAGGACAUGCCAUGUCAGAUCUGCUAUCUCAACUAUCCUAACUCGUACUUCACCGGUCUGGAAUGUGGGCACAAGUUUUGCAUGCAGUGCUGGGGUGAUUACUUAACCACCAAAAUCAUAGAGGAAGGAAUGGGACAGACCAUUUCUUGUCCUGCUCAUAGCUGUGAUAUUCUGGUGGAUGACAACACAGUCAUGCGACUGAUUACAGAUUCAAAAGUGAAGUUGAAGUACCAGCAUUUAAUAACCAAUAGUUUUGUAGAGUGUAAUCGACUGUUAAAAUGGUGUCCAGCACCUGACUGUCAUCACGUUGUCAAAGUACAGUACCCAGAUGCCAAACCUGUACGGUGCAAGUGUGGUCGGCAGUUUUGCUUCAACUGUGGAGAAAAUUGGCACGAUCCAGUGAAGUGUAAGUGGUUAAGGAAAUGGAUUAAAAAAUGUGAUGAUGACAGUGAGACAUCAAACUGGAUUGCAGCAAAUACAAAGGAAUGUCCAAAAUGCCACGUCACCAUAGAGAAAGAUGGUGGCUGCAACCACAUGGUGUGCCGGAACCAGAACUGCAAAGCAGAAUUCUGCUGGGUUUGCCUGGGGCCCUGGGAGCCACAUGGCUCUGCUUGGUACAACUGUAAUCGUUACAACGAGGAUGAUGCCAAGGCAGCCCGAGAUGCUCAAGAGGCAAGUCAUCGCUCAAGAGCAGCCCUGCAGAGGUACCUGUUCUACUGCAACCGCUACAUGAACCACAUGCAGAGCCUGCGCUUCGAGCACAAGCUGUACGCCCAGGUCAAACAGAAGAUGGAGGAGAUGCAGCAGCACAACAUGUCGUGGAUCGAGGUGCAGUUCCUGAAGAAGGCCGUGGACGUGCUUUGCCAGUGCCGCUCCACACUCAUGUUCACCUACGUCUUUGCAUUCUACCUCAAGAAGAACAACCAGUCUAUCAUCUUCGAGAAUAACCAGGCAGAUCUGGAGAAUGCUACAGAGGUUCUCUCUGGAUACCUGGAACGAGACAUCUCUCAAGAUUCUCUGCAGGACAUUAAGCAGAAAGUACAAGAUAAAUAUAGAUACUGUGAGAGCAGACGGAGAGUGCUGCUGCAACACGUACAUGAAGGCUAUGACAAAGACCUGUGGGAGUACAUCGAGGAUUGAGGCUACAUCUCCACACCACAGACUCUCGGAGACAAACUCCACCCAUUAGAGCGCUGAUGCAAUGACAAAAGAGCAGCACAGACCUCUGCUGCCUCCUCCCCGGCAAAAACCGCCCUGCAUCGCAUAACUUUUCCAGAUUUUUGUUUCAAGAAAAAGCAUAAGAGUAAAUUAUAUUUAAAUGACAAAGUUAGAAUAUUACAAAUAAAAUAUUACAUGUUCAACAGUAUUGUUAGCAGCGUGAAGCGCAAGACAAAGAGGCGAAAUAUCUUCCUUUUGCUUGCAUUGUAAGAUCUUGCCCUGAGAAAUCUUUUCCCUCCUUAUCAGUUACGUUUGUGGACGUGUUCUGUUUGACUUUUUAUUUUAUAUACUCUUUUUGUGUGUGGAAAAUGGACUUUGUUUUCAAAAUGGCUUUAAUCAUUCUGACCAUUUCUGGCGGGAUCCGUCUUUGGGUUGCUGAAUGUCAGUCGAUUGGUUGAUUGCAAGGAGGCGACUUUUCGGCUUACAGACGUUAGUGGAAUAGAACACCAAAAAAAAAAAAAAGGAAA